AUGGUUCCUCGCCUUUCUUCAUUCUUUCUCACACUAAACACUGGGCCGACCGCGCCAUCGGCGGCGUCCCUCGCGAGUUCGCCUUCUGCUCUCGCCGAAGCGUCUUCGUCUUCCGUAGCUUCGACCUCGGCGAUUGAACAAGUGCCCCUGCGAGAUCCGUUAGUGAACCCGACGUUCACAGCCCAGAAGAUACCCAAGGAUUACGUGAAGAAGACUCUGAUCCCCCAUCUGGAGCACCAGAUCACCGUGGUGGCGAAGGCGCUGAACGAACUGGAACUUGCCAACUUGGCCGCAGCGUACGCGAAGCUGCCGCCUUCUCUCCGGCACCCUGAACUGUGUCGCGAGCUCGUGGAAAAGGUCAAGUUUCGGAUGAACGGCUUCGGCGCUCAGGAGAUCGUCUUGAUUCUGCAUCCGCUCUACGCGCUCGUGGGGGACUCCGACAAGGAGUUGUGGUGUCUCUUCGCCGAGAGAAUCGAGAAGGAAUUCAUUCUGAAAGAGCUGUCCGUGCUGAACCUGGUGUCGGUCCUGCGCGUGUACGAGAAGCUCGAGGGUGCCUUCGGCGAUGAAUUCGGCGUCUUCGUGGCGACCUUGCAGGAACUUUUGAAAACGGGAAUUGCGCAGUUUGAUGCCAUCGAACUUCACGACAUGAUUGUCACGCUGUCGCUGAACCACCGGGAAACGAAACGCGACCUCCAACUGCUGCGCUUCGCCCUCGCCGAGAUGGACGGGAAACUGCAUGCCCUCUCACUCCUGAACCAGCUGUCGCUGCUCCAAGCUCUGAUCCGCAUGAAAAUCGAACACCGGGAACUCGCGAACCUCGUCGCCGCCCAGCUCCAGGACGCCCGGAAAGUCCACAACAUACCCCCCAAAUUCGUCGCCCAAACCCUCUGGAUCUUUGCGAAACUCGGCAGACUCUCUGACGUCGCGUGUACGAUGGGCCCUCUUAUGGAGCAACACAUCAACCGCUUCUCCGUCGUCGACUUUGCCCGCCUCGCCCAAGCUCUCCCCGCGGGAUCCUCCGUUCCUCUCCGAGUGUGCAAGAACCUCCAAGAACGCCUCUCGUCGAUGAACGUCAAGGACUUUUGCUUCUUCCUCUGUGCAUGCGUUCGCUUGAACCUUCUUCCUGAUCAACACGGCCGCAUUCCCUACUUCGCCAAUGCUUCAGACGAUGAAAACGCUCAAGGUCUGUUGGCGGGGAACUCGACGUCUCUGGUUGCGACGAUCAACGCCGCCGGAUUGCGCGACGCGCUCCUGUCCUUCAUGCAUGCACGGGAGAGCGAGUUUCGGUGCGAAGAGAUUCGCCGCGUCGUUCUCGUUCUCCAAGGCUACUCGGAGGACUACGGCUAUCUUUUGGAGAAGCUGCCAGAGAACUGGAGCGACAUUGACGAGAGCCUCGAUACGAUGACAGACCGAGCCGAUGCCGCGCCAAAAACGUCCCAAGGCGCGUAG